GAUGGCUGAGCAUCCAUGGCCCGUGCACGGUCGUGGUGCCUGUUUGCCUGGCUGCCAAAGCUUUCGGAUGAUCAUCCUCUCCCGCUCUCUCCUACUUCAAUCCCUUGCUUGUGUCCUGCUGCUUGCGAUGACUUCUAUGCGGGUUAAUGGCGCAGCUUUCAAGCGACCGAUCCUUGGCCGAUGGUCUUCGGCUAGCAAUGCUCCUGACCCGGGAGACAGCCACGCCCGUCUUCUCGCCCUGCACGUCAGACGCAAUAUGGCGAUGGUGUCGACCGCGCCGCCUUCCUCGCCUCCAGUGGCUGAGUCGGAAGGGAGCAUGACACUGCUACAACCCGAGCUCUUCCUACCGAGCAACCGGAGCGUAGUGCCUCCCAUUGUCGUUCAUACCACUUCUCCAGACUUUGAGACGACAGCUUCUGGGUGGGUGUGCGCAUCUAUCAUUCGCGACUUCACGUUUCAUCCUACCGAUACCCAGAUGUACUUCAUUCUCGACGAGCUCUGUAUAAGUAGAGAUGAAGGGGAUAUUGUAAGUCGGCGGUUCUCCAUACGAAAAGCCGAUCUUGCGCUGGCGCGCCAGGGUUUCAAAGAUAGCUCGGUGCUCAGCUAUUGGUGGCGCUAUGGCGCAGAGAGCGGCCUGAGUGAGACAUCUGACUUCGUGUGGAGGAAGAAUAUAACUGACAACAUAUCAAUGGCGUACCUGUUUGGUCUCGACGUGAACAGAGAAGGAGACCAGCUGGUCACUGGGGCAAGUCCGGGCAUUGGGACUCAGUCGAGUGUGGUGUGGCUUUCCACGGUGAAUGGCACUCGAACGAGCGUCGAGAUAACUGCGGACUUUGUAUGGAGCGUGGCAUUCAAUCCGAAGAAGACGGAACUGUUCAUCUCCGACGUCGCCAGUCCCGUUCGGAUUCUGUCGACGGCGGUCACAGACUCCGGGAGGCUGGACGCCAACGGGAAAUGGAAGGAAGUGUGUAAUUCCUCCACCGGCGACCCGAACAUUACACGCGCUGGAUUCGACUCAAGUAGCUUUCUGCCGGACGAGAGCUGCCUUUAUUUCGCCGACAGCAAGUAUAACCGCGUUUGGGGAAUCGAUCCUCGCUCCCCUUCCGCGACGGCCACCCUUGUGGCCGGGUCGGGUCAGAGCGGGUCCGUCGAUGGCGAUGGUCCCAAAUCUCAGUUCGAUUCCGUGGCGAACGCAGUAUCGACACCGGACGGUUGUAACGUCUUCGUUACCGAGCUUGGGAGCGGUUUACUUCGGUGGCUGAAGCUGGACGCGCACUGCACCACGGCGACCAGAGUACACCAGGUCGCCAGAUACAGUGCCGGCGGGUUGUGGGGAUUGGCGCUUCGCCAAGCGGGCAGCGAACUAAGUCUGUACGUCGGAGCGUCCGAUGGUUCCGUGUUCGAGCUGAUAAUCAACAAUUCGCAUCUCCACUCUUGCUCGCCUGCUACUCCCGCUUCUGGCCCCUCGCCUCCAGAAUUUUCGUCGGCUGGCCUCAGCUCCCGACGAACUAAUUUACAUCUCGUGGUCGGGCUGUCCGUGUCGAUCUCAGCCUUCCUGGCGCUUGCCACGUGCCUUAUUGUCCUUGUGUACAGAGCGCGCCGGAAUGGAGGGAAACAGGGGCAGGCUAAAUCGUCGCCGAAUGCAACUGGUAGCUCAACUGUCGAGAUCGGACGGACCACCAAUGACACUAGGGAGGGGGUUGCAUGCCAGGAGGGCGGGAGAGGUGGGGGACUUCAGCCCUUGCAAGUGAGACGAUUCUCGCUGGCAGCUCUGCAGCAUUGCACAGAAAAUUUCAGCAAGAGAUACCGCAUCGGGGACAGUGGAGCGUUCGGAGAUGUGUACUGGGGCUCGAUCGACGAUCAGGAUUUGGCCAUGAAGGUGAUGACGGGGGAUCUGACGGAGGGAAAGAGAAGCAUGUUCCUGGCAGAAGUGAACACGUUGAGCAGACUCCAUCAUGCCAACCUUAUCGGACUGGUGGGAUUCUGUGACGAGGGGAGUCGGUCGAUCUUGGUGUACCCCUACUUCCAGGGAGGAAGUCUGUACGCUCGCCUGCACCACAGAGAGAAGGCAGUUCCUGGAAGACCUCUUCUCCCUCCUCUGACACUCAUUGAGCGGAUUUGUAUCGCCUGGCAGAUUGCCAGGGGGCUCAGUUACCUUCACGGGGGAGCCGACCCGCCAGUCAUUCAUCGCGACAUCAAGAGCAGCAACGUCCUUCUUGGUGAUGGCGCUGGGGAGAAGCUGCGCAUCGUGCUCGCGGAUUUCGGACUAGCGACCAUCGGAGAAAGAGUGUUUGGCGGGACAACACGCGACACGGCCGUGAAGACCUCGCACGUGAGCGGGACGUUCGGGUACAUGGCGCCGGAGUACGUGAUGAGCGGAACCCUGUCCGAGAAGAUCGACGUGUACGCUUUUGGCGUGAUCCUUCUGGAGCUGCUUACGGGGCGAAAGGCGGCCACGGAGGCGCCGUCCGGUAACGGGUCAUUGCAAACGUUAGUGGACUGGGCGAGGCCGUUCUUGCGUAGCGAAUUUAUUGCUGGUGGAGGGAUGCCGCAUGCAAUUCUGGACACUUGCUUGCGUGAUGAGGUGGCGAGGUUCUCGUUCCAGCAGAUGACGAUGGAGGCACUGCGUUUAGCGAGCAACUGCUUGAUUAUUAUGCCUGCUGCGAGACCAAGGAUGACCGAGCUAGCGGAGAGGCUUGGGGAUCUGUUGCAGGCGGAGAUCCUUGCUCUCGACAACUCGGUAGCUCAUCUCCAAGACCGCCUUCAGCGGGUGGAGCAGCGACCAGUCGCCGCCGCCGAUGCAGGCUCUUCCAACACUGCCGACCGCCUCACCGCGUUGGAGAUGCACGUCGGCUUCCUCCAUGAUGGCGCACAGUUACAGCAGACCGCGACDCAACAAUUGCAGCAGCGGAUCUGCACUACAGCCACCACCUCGAGUCCGGAGCCGCGCGAGACAACUCCUAAGUUCGAUGGGCAGGAGAUCUUCCACGACUMAAUCAAGACAGAUCCGAUUCCAUGGUUUCGCAAGUUUGAACUCACGCUGCAGCUCCACAACGUCAAGGAAAACAAGCACCACGCCUACUUGUACUCUCGCUCAGGGGGCGCGUGUCAGGCGUGGUUGGGUAACUUGUUGUCCAAGUACGGAGUGGUCGCAGCGGACUUGCACACCAVGAUCAGCUGGGAUGAUCUGAAGGCAGCAUGGCACAAGCGGUUCCAGGUGGAGCCGCCAGAGAUCAAGGYCAUGGACAAGCUUAUGGUUUUCGAGCAAGGCUCGCUGCCGAGUACGGACUGGAUCGCCGAGUACCAACGCUUGACGUCAGUCCCAGACAUCCAGAUGGGCUUCAAGGCCAUCCGCCACUAUUUCAUCUCAAGGUCAUGUCCGGCAUUGAGCAAUGCCCUVACGCAUGUCGAGGACACCUUGACGACGACGGCGGAACUAUUCGACAAGGUUGCGCAGAUCAUCGUUACGAACAAGGAGGCCAAAAACCUCCGUUCAUCUGCGUCAGGCCCGAGCAGGGACCAGCAUCGGCCAAGAGUGGCCGUGGUCGCAGCGGCAGCGCCGUUAGACCAAUCCAGCGAGGCUGCGUCUGCCAGUGAAGGGGACAGAUUCGCAGCCGCCSGGGAAGGUGGCCGCCCCGGCAGAGGCCGAGGUCGCGGCAAGCCGAAGACACACACCGUUUCUAACCCCCCGCCCGGUGCAGCAGCUCAGACAGGCCCAUGGACCCCGUACGGCAUCUCCGAGUCCGCCUACAAGGCGCCUACAAGGCGCGCAAGAGAUUCUACUAUUGCCUUUGGUGCAACAACGAUCUUCAUCAGACGCAGGUCUGCCGAAGCUUGGUAAUGGCCCCAGUAUGUUCAUCAGGGUUGAAUUGUUAGGUCCCCGGCCUCUUCUGAACUUCUGUUAUUUGUAAUAAAGGUGACCGACGUCU